UUCCUCAGCUGUUCACUCAACAACCAGAAUGAUAUUAUGUCAGGAAACAUUUUUAUAUUACAUUAUGAAUGGUGUUUGACAUGUAACAUAUGUAUUACAUUAUUUGCAAAUUUGUUACCAAAUGAUACACUUUACUAAAUUUUAAUGAUACACAAAGGCAAUUAACUUAAUACAAAUAGAUUGGCUGGAUUGUCUAUAUAAGAAGAAUACACUUAAAUUGCCUAAAUUACUUUCAGAUGGAUUUGUAGAUGUACAAAUUAUAUUAACUUGUUAAGACUACUGUAAAUGCUAAUUUAGCUUCAUAUCCCUUAGACUAUGUUGCUGUGAGAAUGUUUACAGUCUUCACAAUAUAAUCCCUCCAGGUGGCAUGACUGGCUACUCUCUGAGCAGUUGUACUAGAGGCAUUUCUGAUGGGCUUGCUGAGUCGAAGACAGAGAAGAUUCCGGAGGGUGCUGCUUGCUGGAGCCUUGAUGUGUGUGUUCAUGCUCACACUUUCAGUGGUCCUACAUGAAGAGGCCCAGGUGGCCUACAGCUGGCUGGAGUUCAGAGAUGAUGAAACACCAGAAGAUGAGUGCCAAUGCGAGAAAGUCAUACAGGGUGAUGUUGAAGAGAUAGGACGUGCCAAGGUGCUGACCAUCACGAAGAACUUCAAGAAUAAAACACAUAUUUCCGAUAAGAGCUACAUCGAGCUGACGAAUGAUUGUGAGGUGUUCCGUACCACUCGGAAGUACCUCCCCCUCCCACUGAGUGAAGAGGAAGAGGCGUUCCCAGUGGCUUAUUCAAUCGUCGUCCACCACAAGGUGCAGAACUUUGAGCGGCUCCUGAGGUCCAUCUAUGCCCCUCAGAACUUCUACUGCAUCCAUGUGGACAAAAAGGCACCCAAGUCCUUCAAGACAGCUAUCGACUCUAUUGUUUCAUGCUUUGACAAUGUCUUCAUAGCCAGCCAGCUUGAAAAGGUGAUCUACGCUAGCUGGAGUCGUGUGCAAGCCGACAUCAACUGCAUGAGGGACCUCCUGCAGAUCAGCAGUAACUGGAAGUACUUUAUCAACCUGUGUGGGCAGGACUUCCCGAUCAAAACCAAUUUGGAGAUCGUGCGGGCCCUUAAGGCACUGGGUGGUGGCAACAGCCUGGAGACUGAGGUCAUGCCCCAUAAUAAGGAGGCCAGAUGGAAGAAGAGCUACCGUAUGGUACGUGACAAAAUUCAGAAGACCAAUCAGGACAAAAAACCUCCACCUUUGGGAAUAAAGAUUUUUUCAGGGGGUGCAUAUAUAGUGGUAAGUCGUGCUUAUGUGCGUUUUGUACUCGAGGACCCCAAAGCUCAGGCACUCAUUUCAUGGUCAAAUGACACCUACAGCCCGGAUGAGUUCCUCUGGGCUACAAUGCAACGUAUUCCUGAAGUUCCUGGCUACCUCCGUGCCAACUCUAAAUAUGACAUCACAGACAUUUUCACCAUCUCCCGGUUAAUUAAGUGGGCAGGCCAUGAAGGUGCCUUAGAUGCAGUGUAUCCACCCUGUCAGGGCACUCAUGUCAGGGCUGUGUGUGUGUAUGGGGCAGGGGACCUGCAGUGGAUGUUAGAACAGCGCCACCUGUUCGCUAAUAAGUUUGACACAGACUUUGACCCCAUCGCCAUCCGAUGCCUAGAGAAGUAUCUCAGGCACAGGGCCUUAAUUAAGCAACAUUGAAUGAAAUUUCUAUAAACAUUAUAAUAUAUUAUUGUAUA